AUGCACCCCAAAGCCCCCGAGAAGUCUUCCCCUUCGACCACCACCACUGCUACCAACGGUCACACGAACGGCCACACGAACGGCACUUCAUCCUCCCGCGAGUCCUCAGACAGCAAGUACGAUAUGAAUUCGCCCUCGACCAUCCGUCAAAAGUUCCUCCCUGACCCUUCCGACUUGGGCGUCGUCCUCGUUGGCUUUUCUGGCGGCCAAUGCAAGGAAGGUGUGGACGCUGCUCCAACGGCAUUGGUCAACGCGGGAUUGCUCAGCCAAAUUCGGGAUGAGUUGGGAUACAAGCUCCAUGGGGAUAGUGAGGUGCGCAACUUCAACGAGAUCCGCCCUGCGUCCGAUGAACCAUACAGAGGAAUGAAGAACCCCCGCUCCGUCAGCGCCGUCACGGAGCAACUUGCUGGUCAGGUCUACGAACAAGCUCGCCAUGGAAGAAUGGUCUUGACUCUGGGAGGCGACCACUCCAUAGCGAUCGGCACCAUCGCGGGCACGGCCAAGGCCAUCCGUGAACGGUACAACGGACGUAAAGAGAUCGCGGUCAUCUGGGUCGACGCUCACGCCGACAUCAACACACCCGAGACGUCCGACUCAGGAAAUAUCCACGGCAUGCCGGUCGCGUUCGUCACGGGCCUUGCGCAUUCCGAGGACAAGAAUAUCUUUGGCUGGUUGCAAGAAGAUCAAAUGCUCUCGACCACCAAGCUUGUCUACAUCGGACUGCGGGAUGUGGACAGAGGCGAAAAGAAAAUCCUGCGAGACCACAGAAUCAAGGCCUUCUCCAUGCACGACAUCGAUCGCCAUGGAAUUGGAAGAGUAGUAGAAAUGGCCCUCGCCCAUAUUGGGACUGACACUCCUAUUCAUCUGUCUUUCGAUGUGGAUGCCUUGGACCCCAUGUGGGCACCCAGCACAGGAACGCCGGUUAGAGGAGGCUUGACGCUGAGGGAAGGAGAUUACAUUGCCGAAUGUGUCCAUGAAACCGGGCAAUUGGUGGCCAUGGAUCUGGUCGAGGUCAACCCUGCUUUGGACGUGGCCGGGGCGACUGAGACGGUGAGGGCCGGUGUGAGUCUAGUGAGAUGUGCACUGGGCGAUACGCUGCUAUGA